AUGUCCUGAGCAACCCAGAGAGUUGGACAGUUGUUCCUCGGAAGAGAGAGGGGGAGAGAAAAAAAAAAACGUCUUGGUGAUCUAGAGCAUUAAUAACAGCGUUUAUAGCCUCCUACAGUUUUAUGCGUCUCGGUGCGAUCAGGCGCGCAACAGAAGGUGAGCGCACAUGGGCGAACAUUUGUCAUUUUAAUUCAAUGACCGGAAAGAAAAACUGUGAAAAAGUUAAACCACAGAACAAAGGCGGAAUAUCACGAUGUCUGUUUUUUCCGCUCGCGGUCAGGAGAACACCAAGAACUCGAGGAAGUUUUCAGGAGUGGCGCGUGGAAAGAGACCAGCGGAUUUGGAGCUCUCGGAAACCACAGUCAGUGUUCAUGAAUCAGGAACAGCUGCGGGCAAAGAAAGAAUGCAAGAGGAUGGGAGAUCCCCCUCCGGAGCCCCCAGUGCUCACCUGCACCCCUACCUGUCUCACCCCCGGAUGUCCGAGCGAAUGUCGGUGUACAGCACCGGGGUUCGCCCAGCUCUCACCCGCACCUACAUCCAGGGGCGCGUGUAUAACUUUCUGGAAAGGCCAUCUGGCUGGAAAUGCUUCAUGUACCACUUCACAGUGUUUCUCAUGGUCCUGGCCUGUCUGAUCCUCAGUGUCCUCUCCACCAUCGAUCAAUUCCAGGCUCUGGCUCACACAACUCUCUUCUGGGUGGAGAUCGUCCUUGUGGUGUUCUUCGGCGUGGAGUAUUUCGUCCGCGUUUGGUCUGCAGGCUGCCGCAGUAAAUAUGUUGGCAUCUGGGGCCGGCUCCGCUUUGCCAGGAAGCCGAUAUCUAUUAUAGAUCUGAUAGUGGUCGUCGCUUCCAUAGUUGUGUUGUCAGUGGGCUCCAAAGGGCAGGUCUUCGCCACCUCCGCUGUAAGAGGGAUCCGCUUCCUGCAGAUCCUGCGUAUGCUGCAUGUUGACAGGCAGGGAGGAACCUGGCGUCUCCUGGGCUCAGUUGUCUUCAUCCAUCGGCAGGAGCUGAUCACCACUCUGUACAUUGGAUUUCUGAGCCUGAUCUUCUCCUCAUACUUUGUCUACCUGGCAGAGAAAGAUGCAGUCGAUAACAAAGGUUCCACAGGCUUUGAAAACUAUGCGGAUGCUUUGUGGUGGGGAGUGGUGACUGUGACUACAAUUGGCUAUGGAGACAAAGUGCCACAAACCUGGAUUGGAAAGACCAUUGCAUCCUGCUUCUCUGUGUUCGCCAUCUCUUUUUUUGCCCUACCUGCAGGAAUUUUAGGCUCUGGCUUUGCCCUGAAGGUGCAGCAAAAGCAAAGACAGAAGCACUUCAACAGACAGAUCCCUGCAGCUGCCUGCCUCAUACAGACAUCAUGGAGAUGUUUCGCAGUGGAGAACUUUGAUUCUGCCACGUUCAAGCUGUUUUUGAGAAAGAAAUCCAGCAUGCCUGCCUCCUCUCUAUCCAGCCCUAAGCAGAAAAAAUUGGUGAAAAUGAGGAGGAAGCUGAAGAGUACUGACAGGGACAAUGGUCCAGCUUCUCCCACGGCCCCCAGUAUCACCUGUGACUCUGUGUUCGACAGCGGAAGGGAGCUAAGUUCAGAUGUUUACAGCACUGUUGGCACAGGAAACCAGACACUUGGAGGAUGUGAUUGCCAGCAGUCGUGGACAUCUUUGUCCUCUCUGCAGUUCAGCUCAUCACCCCCAGUAAAUAGAGGCACCAGCGUUACGGAUGCCCAGUCCUCCAUCCCACUCCCAAGGAACUGCAGCUUUGCUGAUGACCUAGAGCUGGAGUCAGAGCGAGAAAGUGAACUAGCUCCAGCCAGCACAGUUUCACAAUUGACGGAGUCACACCGAAAAGCCAUCCGUGUGAUACAGAAAAUGCGUUAUUUUGUGGCUAAGAGGAAUUUUCAGCAAGCCCGUAAGCCAUAUGAUGUCCGAGAUGUGAUUGAACAGUACUCCCAGGGUCACCUCAACCUUAUGGUGCGAAUCAAGGAGCUGCAGAGAAGACUAGAUCAGUCUUUAGGGAAGAUGACUUUGUUCCAGACGGGUUCAGACCGAGCCAGAGAUAGAGGAAACAACUCGAUUGGAUCAAGGCUCAACAGGAUGGAGGAGAAGAUAACGCACAUGGACCAAACGCUGAACCGCAUCGCAGACUCUCUCACCUUCCUGCUGGACCAGCGGGAUAUCGGCGGUGGUGAAGUUAGAGGCAGACUGAGACCUCGGCUCAGGCGAACCUGUAACAUCCUCCCUAGCCAGGACAACUUGCCAUGUUGUGACCAGCUGUCUUCAUCCCCCUCAUCCUUCUCCAACAACAACACCAGCACCGUGCUGUGCCCCCACCCUCCACUCAGCUCGACUGCCAGUCAGGAGGAGAGCUGCUGAAACUUGAAACCAGACAUCCUCAAUGCUUUGCACAGUGUUUGCUGAGCUGUUUAUCAUGGGCAAAGACACACUGGAUAUUUCCUCCUGUCUAUGGUGAGCACAUGUAGCCACAGCUGCUUUCUAAAAUACCGACAUCAGGGUGUUUUGGUAAAAUUCUUGUGAGCAUAUGUGGCAUAUGCCAGGAUUAAAAUAUAAGAGAAACAUGCAAGAAAGCAAUGCUUUUUCCAGUCAGGUUUGUUGGGCUAUUUUCUUUUCUAAGACCUAAUUUUGAUAUAUUUGAAUGUACUAAGAUUAAAUCUUUAUUUAAAUAGUCAAAUGACUCAAAGGUUCUAAAAUGGGUUUUAUGCUCAUUAUUCAGUACCUAUCUGUUUUGCAAAAACAGCUCCUUGUAAACAUGUUGUGCUGUCAGCAAGGAGUGUUUCAGUUCUUGUUUAGGAUCUGUAUUUCUGUUACAGAGGCCAUAAUUUGAGGCCAUCUUUCAUGCACUGUACACUUGAGGUAGAUUUAAAUGUUUGCAGUGUUGCUUAGGUCCAGGGGAUCAGGUUGAAACCAGGUAUUUGCAGCAUGGGGGGAUCCUGAUGCCGCUGACUGAGACACAAUCCCAAAACUUUAUCAAUCCACGCU